GUAGAGCUGACAAAGAGAGCUUUCGAUACUGUAUGUAUCGCCAAAAGCAGCUGCUUCAUAUGUGAAAAGUUUUAGUUGGAAAGAAAAGAUCACAAUGGCGCAUCGAUCCGCCUGCCUGAUCUUGGUCCUGUGCACUCUGCACAGUGCCUGCGGCCUCUACUUUCACAUGUCGGAGACGGAGCGGAAGUGCUUCAUUGAGGAGGUUCCCGACGAAACCGAUGUGAAAGUCAACUACAAAAUGGAGCUCUACGAUCCACGCUCUAAUGGCUUUAUGCCCUCAUCCCCGGGCAUCGGCAUGCAUGUGGAGGUGCGUGACAGCAACAACAAAAUUAUCCUCUCCCGUGUGUAUAGAUCUCAGGGCUGGCUCUUCUUCACCGCUCACGCGCCCGGCGAGCAUGUGAUUUGUAUGUACCCGAACAGCACUGCCUGGUUCAGUGGUGCCCAACUGCGCGUUCACCUGGUCAUACUGGUGGGAGAGCAUGCCAUCGACUAUGCCAAUAUGGCUCAAAAGGAGAAGCUGACGACCGACCAGCUACGUAUUCGCCAGCUCCUGGAUCAGGUAGAGCAGAUCACGAAGGAGCAAAACUACCAACGCUAUCGCGAGGAGCGCUUCCGUCACACGAGCAGGAGCACCGAAUCCCGCCUCGUAUGGUGGUCCGUGAUCCAGGUCGUUGUUCUUGUCUGUAUCUCGACCUUGCAGGCGUUUAAUUUGCGCGAUGCGAGACUCGACCUAUAUAGGGCUUUCUGCAAAGUGCUCAGCGGAGACGAGUUUACCAUGUUCACCUCUCUAGACGCCUUCAAAGCACUGAUGGAAAUCAUUGGCACUAGUCCGGAGGCCGUUACCAGCAGCGCCAUCUCUCAGUGGGUCGACCAGGUAUUAGAUUUGGAUUCAUCUCUGACAAAACCGGACGAGAUAAUGCUGCUCCACCUCACUCAAAGGCUUCACGACAAAGUGAAAGAAUUUGCUGGCAAGUUCUUGAACAACGAGAAGGUAUCCAAGGAGAAUCGUGAUGUGAUCAAGCCAUCAUAUUUCCUUGAAAAUUCGAAUUCCGACUUAAAUAUGUUCCUCGAACAAACAAAGCCGAGUGUACCGAAUGCCGCCCACAUCCAACGAUCCAGAUAUAAUUGAUGAAGGACUGUUCGGAGCAGCCGUUGGAAACAAGGUCUUUGCGCUAGCCAGCGCACUUAAAUCUAAUGCUGGCUCUUAGUUGUCUAACGCUCGCUCGCUAAUCGAAGACCUUUGCUGUAUAGCCCGAGCAUAUCUAUGGCGGUGGCGUUUUGGAAGCAAACCGUGCAGUAUAGUCGGCGAUCCUUGCAUUAUAUACAUACAUAUAAAGGUUUUAGUUUCACGAA